ACGCGUGUAUAUAUAUAUAUGGUCAUUCCCUUUAAAACAUUAGAAAAACAAGACAAUCUCUGCAUCUUACACUGGUUCUUUUACUGCUUUUAGUUUCUUUCAUUAAUGUCAGAUUCCGCGCCUUCUAAGAAAAGAAGAUUAAAGAAUGAUGUGGAGGAGAAAUCUUUGUGUGGUUAUCAUAUUGAUUGUAGGAGUUUUGGGACGUGAAUUGUACUCUGUGGAGGGCGGGCCUCGCCCUAGCCGGAUUCUUCUGGAUACGGACGCCAAUACAGAUGAUUUGCUUGCUCUCUCGUACCUCUUGAAGCUCAACAGAUCAGAAUUUGCAUUGGAGGCUGUGACUAUAAGCGCUAAUGCAUGGAGCAAUGCUGGACACUCUCUGCAUCAAAUUUAUGACAUCCUAUACAUGAUGAAUCGUGAUGACAUUGCUGUUGGUGUUGGAGGAGAUGGUGGAAUUCUUGAAGAUGGUACCAUUUUACCAAGUGUUGGGGGAUACCUCCCUCUAAUCGAACAAGGAAUUUCAACAGUUGGAGGUUGUAGAUAUAGGCAAGCAAUUCCAAUAGGCCAAGGAGGAAGAUUAGAUAAAGAUGCUAACUACGGGAUUCGAAAAGCAUUCCUUCCCCAGGGCAGCAGGAGAUAUUUUCCUCUUCAACAGCCUACUGCUCAACAAGUGAUGAUUGAUAAAAUCUCUGCAGGUCCUAUUACCAUAUUUCUCAUUGGAUCUCAUACAAACUUUGCCAUUUUUCUCAUGAAUCAUCCAUAUUUAAAGAAAAAUAUCGAGCACAUAUACAUAAUGGGUGGGGGAGUGGAAUCCAGUAACCCGACUGGUUGCUGCCCUGGAAAUGAUACCAGUACUUGUCCAGUCAGUCAGUGUGGUGGCACCGGUGACUUGUCUACCGACUACAAUACUAAUCCUUAUGCUGAGUUCAAUAUCUUUGGGGAUCCUUUUGCUGCUUAUCAGGUUUUUCAUUCUGGUGUUCCAGUCACUCUUGUUCCCCUCGAUGCAACGAACACUAUCACAUUAAGCGAGAAGUUCUUUAAGGCAUUUGAGCAGAGGCAGGAUACCUAUGAGGCACAAUAUUGCUUCCAGUCCUUGAAAAUGGCGCGUGAUACUUGGUUUGAUUCAAAUUUCUACUCGAGCUUCUUCAUGUGGAAUUCGUUUACAAUUGGUUUAGCAGUCUCAAUCAUGAGAAAUUCCAACAAUCAUGAUGGGCAAAAUGAAUUUGCUGAUAUGGAAUACAUGAACAUAACAGUAGUCACUUCAAAUGAACCAUAUGGAAUAUCUGAUGGCUCAAAUCCAUUCUUUGAUGGCCAUAAUGUUCCAAAGUUCCAUUUAAAGAAAGGUGGAGUGCAUAGUGGCCAUGUCCAGACAGGACUUCGGGAUCCCUUUUGCUUUGUAAAGGGUGGGAAAGGGAAAUGCAAGGACGGUUACACUCCAAAGGUAACAGGUCCUGAUGCAGUUCGUGUUCUCGUCGCCAAAAAGGCAAAACCUAGUAAUUGCAGUGAACUUGACAGGGCAUUCUACAAAAACUUCUUGGAUGUUAUCAAUCUCCCCCAGAAUACUGGGAGAUUCAAUUUUACAACAGAAUUUCCUUAUUACAGAGAAGUUUUUUUGAAACCAGAUUUCAGAACCAAAAAGUUGGGGAAACCAGUUAUCUUUGACAUGGAUAUGAGUGCUGGAGAUUUUAUUGCUCUAUUUUAUCUCCUUAAAGUACCUGUGGAAGCAAUAAUAGUAAGUCCAAACGGCUGGGCAAAUGCUGCAACAAUAGAUACUGUUUAUGAUUUACUACAUAUGAUGGGUCGUGAUGACAUUCCAGUUGGUCUAGGAGAUGUAUAUGCUCUGAACCAGACUGAUCCCUAUUUUUCUGGUGUUGGAGACUGCAAGUAUGCUAAAGCAAUCCCUCAUGGGAGUGGGGGAUUCCUGGACUCAGAUACUCUUUUUGGGCUUGCUCGAUACCUGCCUCGAAGUCCUAGAAGGUACACAGCAGAAAACUCUGUAGUGUUUGGUGCUCCCAGGAAUACUUGUCAUCCUGAACUAAGACAGCCUCUAGCAUUAGAAAUCUGGGGUUCUGUAAUGAAGACACUGGAUCCCGGAUGCAAGAUUACAGUAUUAACCGAUGGACCCUUGACUAAUUUAGCCAAGGUCAUUCUAUCCAAUACAAAUACCAUCUCUAAGAUUCAAGAGGUGUUUAUUGUUGGAGGACACAUUAGUAAUAGGAGCAGUGAUAAAGGAAACGUCCUUACUAUUUCUUCAAACAAUUAUGCAGAGUUCAACAUGUUUCUUGACCCUUUGGCUGCAAAGACAGUCUUCAACUCAGGACUAAACAUCACACUCAUCCCCCUCAGCACACAGCGCAAACUAAGUUCAUUUCCCAACAUACUAGAGAGGCUGCAGAAAACAAAGGAGAGUCCUGAAUCACAAUUCGUGAACAGCUUACUGUCCAGGCUACACUGGCUGCAACAGGCUCACCAGAGCUAUCAGCACACGGAUAUAUUCUUGGGUGAGAUCUUUGGCGCAGUUCUCUUGGGUAGUGAUCAUUCCGUUUUGAAGCCUACCUUUGAAGAAAAUAACAUCAGGGUCAUUUCUGAAGGUGAUGAAUCCAUAGAUGGACAGAUUGUGAUUGAUGAAAGGCAAGGAAAAUCUGUAAAAGUAUUGAGAAAUGUUGAUCCUGUGGCAUGCUAUGAUCUAUUUGCAAAUCGACUGAGUGAUGAAGAGCAGUCUGCUGUAUUAGGAAGCUAUGAUGAACAGACAAAAAUCUGGAGAACGCCACACAUAUAGCCUUGAAUUCCCAGCCAAGGCAUUGAACAAAACAGAAGUUUCAAAGAGAAUAGUGUACUUGUGCUUGUAGAUGGCUCAAUAAAAAGGAACCGUUAUC